GUUUCUUUUAGUAAUAGUACCCAAUAGUGACUCUAAUCAGUCUGUGUUGAUUUGAACUUUGGAGUUGGGGGUUCUGGUGGAAAACUAAUCUGUGACAUAAACUUAAACGAAGCCUCUUACACCGAGGAUAACAGUUUAGACAGCUGAAGAGGGCAAAUUAACCCUUUUCAACCUUUUCUGCAACUCUGUUUCCUCCCCCCUCCCCUCUCUCUGUCAUGCCUAGAUGUACGAGACACGCGGACAGGUAGCAAUUUUGUCCCAUCUGCACAAGUCUCGCGCUGUCCACGCUCCUUAUCUCAAACCGCCACCUCACCAAGCACGUGCGUCCUGUGGGAGGUUCCCCUUACCUCCCUUGCGUUAAACACUCCUUAAAUCGUAAUGUUAUCAUAAACAGUCCGGCUUCGGGGGGCCGUAAUCACCUCUCUCGGGCUUUACCAAGACUUCUCAUUGGACGUCAACACGCGACCAGCGCGAGGAGGGGGGCUCCCAGACGCGUGCCGCUUUUUAAACCGACGCUGCGCCUUGAGACACCAGAGAAGGAGUCCUGCACGCGACAGUAGUGAUAUUCACACAGUGCGACAGCCUAACAGUGCGUGCCUCCAAGAACUUUUUUCUAAUAUUGUCACUCGGUUCGACUUCAACAACCUGUUGAGGUUUUUUUUGGAAACAUGGAUGUCCUAAGUGUGGAAAACUGGGGCAAAGGCGCACGAGAGGUGGCAGUCCUCGACUCACGGCAGCACAGCCCAAGAGUAGUAGAGGGGAGGGGAGGGGAGCAGCACCUCGAGGAGUCCCGCUACGAACCUGGACUGACGCUCGUGGACAGCGGCAGUGACCCACGCGCCUGGCUGGCUCCGGUGCAGCCUUCUGGCACCUGCGCGGCACACGCCACUUCACCCGACUACCUGCGGCACUCGCCUUGCCCGAGCAUUGGCUCCUAUCACGAGAGUGGCUCCCCGGGGUCCUCGGGUCAUCCCAGCCCUCCCAGCUACAGAAAAACUGCCAAGAGUCUCUCGUCUUCUUCGCUCAAAGUCAGAGAGCUAUGCCGUCUAAAAGGCACGCUCACCGGACCCGAGGAGGACGCCUCCACGAGACAGAGAGCCCCGUCCAGCAAACCGACCAACGGGGUCCAGAAGCAGAGGCGCGUGGCCGCCAACGCGCGCGAGAGGAGGCGGAUGCACGGGCUUAACCACGCUUUUGACGAGCUGCGCAGCGUCAUCCCGGCGUUUGACAACGACAAAAAGCUCUCCAAAUAUGAAACUUUACAGAUGGCACAGAUUUACAUCAACGCCCUGGCUGAGCUGCUCCAAGGUCCGGUCUCCUCCUCCAGCAACAGCAACAACGACAUCUCCAACAAUAACAACUCGCCAAAGUGUGACGUUAUGCUUUCGCCCACCGUUGGUUUUGACGGGGUAAAGGACAGGGCUUCCCCGUCCCCUACAACCUGUAGGACAGCCGCGGCUGUGCCCGCCUCAGGUGGAAACUUACCUGUUCACAUCAGCGGGAUGCCUUUCCGCUCCUCCUUCGACGACAGUUCGUUUUCCGCAAUGGUUGAAGAAGCGAUGUGUUCGCCUUCUCCUUCAUCGUCCGCACAGGCCAGCAGUUCGCUCGCAGCGAUCGGAGGUGGAAGGAAAGCGUCUCCCCGGAGCGACGGAGAGUUUUCCCCGCACUCACACUUCAGUGACUCGGAUGAAAUAGUGAUGGAGCUCCACUCAAGUGAAGAAGAUGAUCUAACAGAACUGAAACUACCCAGCCACCACCACCAUCACACGGUUUCUUUCUAAAUAAUUAAAAGUAAAUAUGAAAUAGACUAUUUUAAAGGUUCACAUUAGCCUACAACAAUAUCUUAUCAGUAAACCGUGUCAAUCACCUGCAGCCUCUGUUAUUAACAAAAUGCAUUUUUAAGAGGAUAGAAAUGUUCACUUCUUCAAAGUCAUUCUGGGUUUUUAUCAAUAAUUCUAUUUUAUCAACUUGUUGCAUAGUCUAAAGAUUAUUUUUAUGUGAGAUAGGCCUAAUUCGGUUCUGCCAAUAAAUGUAUAGGCUAUAGCCUAUAAUUUUCCAGUUUCCAUGGAUACGUGGUUGGAAGACCCCUCUGCCAUGUCGCGCGCAGCACUGCCAUGGGUAUCUCCCACGUCACUCCAACCAAAAAGUCUUCCACAAAAUCAUACCUUUAAUAAUAAUGUACAUUUUUUUCUUUUGUAGUUAUAAGUAUCUUGAUUUUUGUUGUGAUUUAUGUUUUUAUUCGUUAAUUUGUUUGUAUAAUGUAUUUUGUUUUGCAACUUCAAAAGUUCAUGAUGUGCACUUUAAAGUAUACAAGCCAGAGGCUUGAGAAAUGCGUUUUGUUUUCAAACCAUAAAACAAUAUUGUUUUGCUUUGUUUGCUAGUGUAGUACUGCCAAUUCCAUACAAAUAGCCUAUUUAACGUAGCCAUCAUUGCUGCCUUCUUUUGUAUUUUGUUUUGUAUCUUGAGAUGAACUUGUGUGUCUUUUGCUUUCACUGGAUGAGAUUAAUUGACAUGUAGCCUAUUUAUUGCUGAUACGUUUCAUUGUUUCGCUUUUUAUAACU